AUGGCUCUCCUGAGAAAAAGUAAGUGGAGUUAAAGUCAAAUACAAAUGUGAUGACUGACCUUUGCCCUCAUUACAGGAUGUUAAAUUACACCACAGACAGAAGAAGAAGAGGCGUUCAGAUCUGUCUCUCACUCUGAGCACAAACACAAUCAGCUUUUGGUCUAACACUCAUUCAGACUUUAAGUUUCAGGUUAGAAAAGUGAAGUUUAGCUGGAGCGUUAAAAGGAGCUCCAUAUGUCUCUGCUGGAAAGAGUGCAUUCUCCAUGCAUGUGCACUCUAAGUGUGGGGAGGGGAGUGAUGAGAAAGCCAGAUGAUGCGCUGUAAGAAGUGUGUGAACAACAGUGUGGAGUAAAGGCAGAAAGCUCAGUAAACAGUUUACAAAGGAGUCCUCAUGAGUCAAACAGGUCAGAAAACAAAUAUCUCAAAUCUGCUGUUUUUCAAAUCAAAGUGGAGUUAAGAAACUCAAACAAGCCAACAAACCAGAAAAAAGACACCAAAAUCUGAGUUUUGAAUAUUUCGAUCAAACAGAAAGGACUUUUUUUUUAAGGAGGUUAAUAAGGAUUUUAUGUGCAUAUGCAGGAAAACUUUGGUGUAAACUGCAGCUGGGGUGUUACUCUGUCCUAAAUUAGUUACGGCACCUGAGAGAGCGGCCAGAAGUGCUUCAGGUGUCCUGUAACAGAUAGCAGAUGAGUCUUUGAUCCUUGUUUUUGAACGUUUGUGCCUGAAACACAGCUGGUGGAGAGAACCUGAGAGGCCAAAUAUGACGUGCAUUCAACAUUGUUCAUCAUUUACCAUUAUCAUCUGCCUUUAAAAUGACUUUUCUCAGAGGGAUGUAAAUAAAACACCAGAAGUGUCCUUUAAAUAAUUAGAAAAAAUAAAUGUGCUUCAGUAAGAAGAUUGUAGAGCUGCAGCGAGGAAGAAAAACAAGAGAUUUGGAUAAUUAAGAUAUAAAUUUAUGAGACAGAAUUUACAUGAAGUCUAUGGUUACCAUCAAUGUUACUGAGAAGAGAAUUAGGAAAUUAAGGUUUUAAGUUGUAGUGUCUGCUCCUCUAAUAUUUUCAUUUCCAGCUCUUUUCUUGUAAAUGUAAAACUUUUAAUUCACAAGUUUAUCUUCAUAAAUUAAAAGGCUUUUUUUUCCUCAAACAGCUUUCCUAAAUAAGAAACUUAACCUCUGAAGUUAUAGGGCUUAUUUUAGGAUGUUUUUUUGUUAAAUGUUUUAUGUUUAUUCUGUGAUAACCCACAAGAUCCAGCAGGAGAACUUUUCAAAAACACAACAAAAAGGAAAAAAAAAACCUUAUAAGGUUUAUGUCGGUCCACAUCUCAUCGUGAGAAAACAGUCUGAUUAGAUUUAAACUCCCUCUCAUGUGUGUUCAAACCCUGACGGCCCACUUCUCCCUCUGUGUUUCAGUAAACCGGGUCCUCCUGGUGCUGCUGGUCCUGAUGGUGUGUUUGCUCCUGCACAGCACUUUCCUCAGAGCCUCCACCAGACCCAAACUCUCAGGUACACGGGUGCACACGUUUAAUUCAAAACUUUCUGAACUCAUCAUGCAGAGCACUUUUAUUUCUCACUCGUCUCUCUAUCCAAAGUGACACCAGACAAUCUUCAGCCUUUAUCCACUCGUUUUUGAUUCCCCCUCAGAUCGAUGGAAAAGUUUCGGGAAAGCGCCACAAGUCCCGGACGCGGAUGCUGUCGUCCCGGUUAUCAUUUGUUCAUCUGAGGAGCGAAUGGGAGCCAGCAUGGCGACCAUCAACAGCGUGAAAAGUAACACAGACGCCAGCGUGUUCUUCUACAUCGUUACUCUUCGAGAUGCCGUGAAACCGACCAAGUUUGUGUCAUUUAUAUAAGUGGAUUUUCCUCUUGGUGUUCUUCUUAAUGCUGUUUUUUUCUUGCAGAUUUAUCUUUAUUUCCUCUCACUGGUUUCUUUGCAUCUUCGCAGGCAGUACAUCGAGAAGUCUAAACUCAAAGGUAUCAGGUAUAAGAUAGUGGAGUUUAACCCCAUGGUGCUAAAAGGAAAAGUGAAGCCGGAUUCCUCUAGACCGGACCUCUUACACCCGGUGAGUCCUGAUGUUCUUCCCUUUUUCUGUAUCAGUAUAUUUAUUUCACUUGCAGAGAUACAUGUGGAAAUAUUCUUGUGUUUGCAGCUCAACUUUGUGCGUUAUUACUUACCUCUACUCGACAUCAGCCACAAGAGGGUGAUAUACUUGGAUGAUGACGUCAUUGUGCAGGGUGAGUACAGGAUCAGGUUCACACUCUCUGUGGAGGAAGUGGAAACCUAAAAACUUCAAUUUUUCUUGUAUUUUUCAGCCAACAUCAGGGAUUUAUUUAAUAUCAAACUCAAGCCAGGCCACGCUGCUGCUUUCGCCUCCGACUGCGACCUUCCCUCCACACACGAGAUGGUGCGCAGCAUCGGCAUGCAGGUGGAUUUUUAUACCUGUUUAAUUUCUCUUACAGUCACAUUCAAAAUGCAUGUUUUACAAAGAAACAAAACCAGGAAGUAAAAAUUGUGUGUAGUUUGAGCAUAAUUUGCACAUCCACAAACUUUUUCUCAACUGCUGUUGUAGUGUUGACCUCCUUCACUUCCUCUAAAAUUCUGCUCAUUGUUGAAAUAUGGCGUCUUUUCCUCUGAGCUCUCCCUGUAGACGACGUACAUGGGCUUCCUGGACUACAGGAAAAAGGCAGUUAGAGAUCUGGGCAUCCAUCCCAGAGACUGCUCUUUCAACCCGGGAGUGUUUGUGGCGGAUAUCGAUGAAUGGAAGAAGCAGAAGAUCACCAAACAGCUGGAGAAAUGGAUGGAGGAGAAUUUCAGGUACGCUCCAUAAAGACCUUCAGCCUUCUGGUUUGGUAUGAGUAUCAGCCUGAUAAGAGAGUCUCCUCUUCUUCCUUAUUUUAACCAGGCAGAACAUCUACAGCAGCGCCAUGGCUGGAGGCGUCGCCACUCCGCCCAUGCUUAUAGUGUUUCAUGACAAAUUCACAACCGUAGACCCAAUGUGGCACGUCAGACACCUGGGUAAGACCAACCAGCUAUCCUAUUAUUACAGUUAGGAUAACCAUUAGAGGAAGUUCUGCAUCAGCUGAGACAAACUUUUGUCAAAAUGACUUCCCGUUCUGUGCAGGUUGGAGUCCAGACGCCCGCUAUUCAGAGAACUACCUGCAGGAGGCGCGGCUGCUGCACUGGAAUGGCCCAUUUAAACCGUGGAGUUACCCCGCAGUGCAUUUAGAUCUGUGGGAGAAAUGGUACGUCCCCGACCCCUCCGGAAAGUUCUCCUUGGAACGACCCGAGAGUGACAGCUGAGGUGUGGGAUGUACCACAUGUGGGCGACGGGGAGGGGAGAAG